AUGAACCACUAUCGACUCGGCUCGAUAUUUCUUUUAUUAUUCCUCCACAAUGCUAGAGCUGCCACAAAAGACGAUGAUUUGAUCCAGUCACUUCCCGGUCUUUCGUUCACCCCGAAUUUCAAGCAAUACUCCGGUUUUUUGAAUGCAACUGAUGGAAAUCAUUUGCAUUACUGGCUUGUCGAAUCACAAAACUCUCCAUCGAGCUCUCCAUUGAUUCUCUGGUUGAAUGGUGGACCUGGUUGUGCCUCACUGAUCGGACUCCUCAGUGAGAAUGGACCCUUACGCGCGAGUCGAGACGGGUCAACGCUUGUCGAGAAUGUCUUUUCGUGGAAUAAGUUUGCUAAUGUUUUAUACUUGGAAUCCCCUCGCGAUGUCGGUUUUUCCUAUCGUGAUACCUCAGCUCCAACAGACACUUUGUACAAUGAUGAUAAGACAACUUUGGAUAACUCGAUCGCCUUGAAGAACUUCUUUACUCGUUUCCCCGAGUACAACAAUCGAGACUUUUACAUAAUGGGUGAAUCAUACGCGGGCGUCUACGUGCCAAUGUUGACUCAAAUUAUCAUCGAGAUGAUCAAAAAUGCAUCUCUUCCAAAUGUGAAACUCGUUGGAAUGGCUGUGGGAAAUGGUGCCUUGAAUCGUCGAGAUCUCAUCAAUUCCGCCAUCGAUCUCGUUUACUAUCGGGGAUUUAUCGGGAAGAUCGAAUUCGAAGCGAUGAAAGAGUGCUGUGGAAGUGAUGAGGAUAAGAAGAAACCGCUAGAAUAUUGUGAUUUCUCUCGAUACAUCGACAUUGAUUCAUUUGGAAACGCUGUGCCCAAGAAUUUCACUGAUGAUUUAUCAAAUUCAUGUGCGCAACGAACGGUAAAGUAUGGACAGGAUCUCGUUUGGAACACACUAAACAACGUCUACAGCACUUAUUCGGAUUGUUACAAUGAGGCGGCUGAUUCAGAGAAUCUCAAAGUUCACCUAAGAAAUCAAAUACGAUCAAAUCGCCAUUUUCAAAUGUUCUCCGCCAAUCUUGACUAUCAAAUGUUCUCGAAUGGAGCGAAUCCUUUCGUCGAUCAAGGGAGUCUCGUGCGAAACUGGGAAACCGAUGCAGUGGGCGGAUAUUCUUGUUGGGCGCCUGAAGGAGCCGCAAAUUAUCUGAAUCGAAAAGAAGUCCGACAAGCGCUACAUAUACCCGAUUUUGUUCAACAAUGGCAAUUGUGCAAUGACAAGAUCAACAGCGAGCUCUACAUUCAGCAAAACGCUGAUAUGAUGCCCGUUUUUCAAAAGGUUUUCGAUACAGGUUUCAAUCUACGAAUCUUGAUUUAUAAUGGAGAUGUGGAUAUGGCAUGUCAAUUCUUGGGUGAUCAGUGGUUUAUCGAGAGAUUUGCCACGAAAAAUCAGAUGCAAUUCUCCUCUCGAGAUCUCUGGAAUUACACACGAGCCGUCGAAUACGUGAAUCGAGUUGGGGGAUUUGCGAAAAGUUUUACCGCCAAAAAUUUGACUAUCGAUUUGUUGACGGUGAAGGGUGCAUCGCAUCAAGUUCCCACCGAUCGUCCCGGUCCCGCUUUUCAGAUGAUUUUCAAUUUCCUCCGCAAGAGUAACUACUCAGCAAUCGCCGAAUCCGACCUCAACAGCAAACCCCUUUUACCCGAUUACCAAAUGCCGCCAAAGAAACAAUGGACUCGGAAGCAAGCUGACCGAAUCUGGACAUUGCCUGGACUCACUUACAAUAUCAAUUUCAAACAGUAUUCGGGUUAUUUAAACGCGAUUAAUGGCAAUUAUUUGCAUUAUUGGUUACAAGAAUCACAAGGAAAUCCAUCAACUGAUCCGCUUGUUCUCUGGCUGAAUGGAGGACCUGGGUGCUCAGCGCUUGGAGGUCUUCUAACAGAAGUCGGUCCAUUUCGAGUGAAUCCCGAUGGGAAAACGCUUUUUGAGAAUGUUUACUCGUGGAAUAAGGGAGCCAACUUGUUGUUUAUUGAGGGACCACGGGGUGUCGGCUUUUCGCUGCAAAAUUUGACGAUCAACCCCGAUCAAACGUACAAUGAUGAGAAGACGGCCAACGAUUUCUACAUGGCUUUGGUCGACUUUUUGACGAUUUUCCCCGAGUAUCAAAGCCGAUCAUUCUAUAUAACGGGCGAGUCCUAUGCCGGUGUCUACAUCCCGACGCUGACAAAACUGAUCGUUGAUAAGAUUCAGUCCGGUGAAUUGACUGGUUUAAACUUGAAAGGAAUCGCCAUCGGAAACGGAAUCAUUUCCGCCGUUCAACAAGUCAAUUCCGAGAUUCAUCUUUUGUACUUUCACGGAAUGAUUGCGAAAAGCGAAUGGGAUUCCCUUCAACAAUGCUGUACAAAGACAAGCGAUCCGAUGUGGUUCGAGAGAUGUGACUUCUCGACGCACAUUUUUAUUGGUACUGAUGGAGGCGUCUAUCCAAAAGAAAAUAAUUCAUUUUGUGGGCAAGAAAUCGCGAAACUUGGACAAUAUUCACAAUGGGAUGCUAUAACCAACUACUACUCGAUCUAUUCCGAUUGCUAUCAACGAGCAAAAGUGAUGGCCGGUUUAAGAAGAAAUCAAAAGAAUAUGCAAGAGAAAAUGAAAAGAUUCUUCGUCGAUCAAGGGGUAAAAGAAUGGCCCUAUUCAACGGAUAAUCAAGGUGGAUAUCCGUGUUUCGGUGGAGCCGCUGCGUAUCAAUAUUUGAAUCAAAAAGAUGUGCAAGAAGCCCUCCAUGUGCCGGACUACUUUCAAAAUUGGCACGAUUGCAAUUACACAAUAAACGGCGUCUAUCAAUGGCAAUACAACGACACGUCACCGAUCUUCGAGAGUCUUUUGAACUCAAAUUACCCACUCCGCGUCUUGCUAUACAAUGGGGAUUUGGAUACGAUUUGCAAUUUCCUUGGUGAUCAAUGGUUUGCGGAAGAUUUUGCAAAGAAAAAUCAACUCACGACGAUCUCGCCGAGAAAAGCAUGGAAAUACCGUAACCAAGUGGCGGGUUUCACGAAACGAUUCUCUUUUGGCAAAGGGACACUCGAUGUUUUGACGGUCAAGGGAGCCGGCCACGUUGUGCCAAUCGAUCGUCCAAGUUCUUCGCAACAAAUGAUUCUCAAUUUCAUACGACAACAAGACUAUGGAAAUUCCCUCAUUUUUGACACCGGCCUACAAUCGUUGUCGAAAGAAUUCGAAGUUCAAGAACAGAUAGCUGCUCUCCUUUCGAUUACCGCCACUCCGCCCAGUGACCAUCAAAGAGCUAAGCGGGAUACUGUGACAGCCCCACCGCCACCACCAGUCGGCAGUAAAGCAUCCGACAAGAUCUCCGCACUUCCCGGUCUCACUUUCGAUUAUCCCUUUGAGAUGUACUCGGGUUUUUUGAGCGCAACAACCGACAAUUGGAUUCAUUAUUUCCUCCUCAAUUCGCAAACUCCAGCCACUGACGCUCCUCCAUUGAUUCUUUGGUUAUCCAGUGGACCGGGUUGUUCAUCAAUCGAGGGACUUUUUGCUGAAAUCGGACCCUUCAAAUUAAACCCGGAUGGUCAAACGCUUUAUGAAAAUCCGAUGUCGUGGAAUAAAUACGCAACAGUGCUAUUUUUCGAAUCGCCGAUUACCACUGGAUAUUCGUAUCGAUCGAAUGAUCAACCAACGGAUCUCAAUGAUCAACAGGCAACCGCCGACAAUUUGGCCGCUCUUCUCGAUUUCUUUAAUCGCUUUUCUGAUGAUUAUAAAUAUGUGGAAUUCUAUAUUGCUGGUGAAGGAUAUGGAGCUGUGCUGGCGUCACUUCUUGGCAAAGCGCUCAUGGAACAAGAGCCCAAAAAACUCGCCCACAUCAAUUUCCAAGGAUUGAUUCUCGGAAAUGGCCAUCUCUCAACGGUUCAACAACUAAACUCGGCCAUUUCAAUCAAUUAUUUCAAGGGAUUCACCGAUUUGAGUGUCUACAAACAACUCUCACAAUGUUGUUCUUCCACAAACGAUCCGAUGACAUAUUUCGAUUUCUCGCAAUUCGUCACCUUUCAACAAAAAGGCGGACAAAUUUUGCCAAAGAUUUCGAAUUUGAACCAGCGAAAAAGCCGGAGAAAACGAUACGCUGCACAGCCAUUGAUGAACAGGAAAUCAUUUGUGAAUCAUGCGACAAAAAUCAACUACGAUUCAACGGACACAAAUGGUGGUUUCAAUUGUUAUUACAAAACAAUCAUUGAAACGUAUAUGAAUCGAGGAGAUGUUAGAGAAGCGUUGCAUAUAACAAAGGAGUUAACGAAUUGGCAAUUGUGCAGCUCUGACAUCCAAACAAACUAUCUCCAACAAAAUCCGGAUCUCACCCCGGUGCUUUCGAGUGUUUUGCAAGCAGGCACUCCUCGAAUUUUAAUCUACAAUGGCGAUGCGUCUCUAUCGAAUAAUUUCUUGGGCACUCAAUGGUUUAUCGAUGGAUUAGCGAAAACGAUGGGUUUAGGAUCAACGGAAAGAAUCCCAUGGAAUUACACGAUGGCCAGCGAUCAACCUCUAAUGCCAACUCUUGGCGGUUAUGUGAUGAGCUAUUAUAAAGUGGAAGAUCACAAGAUGAUACAUUAUUUGACGAUAAAGGGUGCUGGUGAGAAAGCGGGGCUCGACCGGAGCGGUCCUCUCCUUCAAAUCAUCUACAAUUUCAUUCAAGACAAUGAUUUCUCAUCGACUCUUCCCCAAGAAUUCACCCGUAAACCUCUUCAAUCACAAUAUCAACCACCACAACCAGAUUUCAUUUCCCAGCGAGAAGCCGAUCGUAUCUAUCAAUUGCCCGGUUUAACAUUCAACCCUCCAUUUCAACAAUUCAGCGGAUAUCUCACUGUAGAACCCGGGAAAUUCCUUUUUUAUUGGUUAGUCGAAUCGCAAAACAAUCCACAAAAUGAUCCGAUAAUUUUGUGGUUAACAGGCGGACCGGGAUGCUCAUCACUUGCUGGAAUGUUUGCAGAAUGUGGUCCAUUUCAUCCAAAUUCUGAUGGUGCGACGAUUUGGGAGAACACGUUUGCGUGGAAUAAGUUUGCUACCGUAAUCUACUUGGAUUCGCCUCGUAUUGUCGGUUUCUCGUAUCAAGAUCCAUCAAUCACCAACGAUACGGUGUGGAAUGACGCGAAAACAGCCACCGACAACGCUGAGGCAAUUGCGCAAUUCUUCAAAACUCAUCCACAAUACAAGAACAAUGAUUUCUACAUUGCUGGCGAAUCAUAUGCCGGAAUCUACAUCCCAACACUCACCGCUGUGUUAAUCGAUAAAAUUCAGGCAAAAACCCUAAACCUUAACCUGAAAGGUCUUAUCAUCGGAAAUGGCUAUGUUUCACCGACACAAGAUGUAAACACGAUCCCGGAUUUUAUGUAUUUUCAUGGAAUGUCUGAUAAAAGUGAAUGGGAUCAACUCCGUGAUUGUUGUAGCAAAUUUGCGCCAGCCGAUUACAAACAAUGUGACUAUGCGCAAUUCACACAGAUUGCAGCUGAUGGUUCAAUCUUGGCAAAGAAUUUCACCGAUACUCAACAGCAGAAUUGCGCGAAUUUCGUUGCACUGAUGGCUGGGGAUAAAGUGCAGAAUAUUGCAAACAAUGACGUCUACAAUUUGUAUCAAGAUUGCUAUCAACAAACCGAGCAUGUUUUCGGCUCAUGGAUGUCCCAAGCUGACGUCUUCUCUCGAGUCAAUCAACGCUUCAAAUAUGGGAGUACGGUGAAUGUGAGGGGAGCUGUCAAUGAUUUACUGUCGUAUUUCGACCCGAUCACCACCGACAAUCAGGGCUCGUUCCAAUGUUGGAUGUCCGCCGCGUUGAUGAGAUAUUUUCAAAAGAGCCACGUCCGUGACGCGAUCCAUGUGCCGGAGUUUGUUCAAGGAUGGCAAUUUUGCACUGAUUUCGGCGGUCAUGACUAUAAUUUGCAAUACAAUGACACGAGUGAGGUCUUUCAGAAAAUAUUCAACAGUGGAUAUCCGUUGAGACUCGUUUUCUAUAACGGUGAUGUGGACACCGAAUGCUCGAUGUUUCAAGCUGAAUACUUCAUCGAGGCCUUCACUUCGAUCAACAAAUUCAAUACGACCUACAAACGAAAAGAAUGGCUUUACAAUCUCGGUGAUCAAUACCAGCAAACGAUCGCCGGAUACACAAAAAGAUUCGAGACGGCAAAGAUGAAAAUCGAUCUGUUGACGGUUAAGGGUUCCGGCCACAAUGUGCCUAUGGAUCGACCCGGACCCGCGCUACAGGUUUUAUACAAUUUCCUGAAAGACGAUUCCACGUACAACUCCCUUGUCCCCUUUCCACUCGUCCGUCAACCCCUUCUCCAACAAUUUAUGGAGCAAGGCGAUGGCCCACUCGCCACAAGCAACCCAUCAACGAACAUGACAUCAACAACAAUGACAAGGACAAUCGUUUUUUUUAGCCUUUUCUUUAUUGCCAUCUAUUCAGCGGCUGUUCUCAAUGAAGAUUUUGAGAUCGAUGCCGUCAUCUCGAGCACCGUGGUCCCUCCAAUCCCGUCCUCACCACAAUCCCCUCUUCAAUCCUCGAUUUCCCCCGAUCCCAAUUCCACUCAACCCCCUGCGGAACAAAGCACCAAAUCUUCUUCCACAAUCUCUUUCUUUACUUGUCUCUCCGUGUCUUUCUUGUCUAGAUUUAUUCUA